AUGGCUUCAGUUAUUAAGUUCAGUGCCAUUUUGAUGGUAGUUGGUCUUUGCGCGGCGGAUAUUAGUGAGAAGCCAGUGACCGAAGUCUGCUUAGGGUGCAUAUGUCAAGCGAUAUCAGGAUGCAAGCAGGGCACUCUUUGUGAUGGAGAUGCCUGUGGGCUAUUCCGCAUCACCUGGGCAUAUUGGGCGGACGCUGGGAAACCAACGCUCGCUGGUAUUGCACCAGACGCACCUGAAGCGUAUUCUUCCUGCGCAAAUGAUCCACAAUGCGCUGCACUUACUGUUCAGAACUACAUGAGGCGUUUCGGACAGGACUGUAAUAACGAUGGCGUGGUGAACUGCUACGACUACAUGGCCAUUCACAAACUUGGAGGAUACGGCUGCAAGAGUGAUCUUCCGUUCCAGUACGUCAAUGUUUUCAACCAGUGCGUAGCAACUGUUGCAGCGCAUCAAGGAUAA